GUUUUAAAUUCAGACACUUGUUUUCUCGUCACCAUGACAACAAGGUUUCCACAGAAGCAGCCUCAGAAACUGUGCAUCCAGGUUCUGUAUUUUCUGGUUCAUCAUCUGGAGUCCAGAAAAGAAAAGAAAUCCUCUGAAGUUUUUUUGAGGUCACAACAUGAACAGUCUGAUGGACGGGGCCCACCGAGGCUGUCGCUGUCAAAGUAAAGUAAAGAACUCCAGGCCGAGGCAUCUGCAUCAGAGCACCCUACACCUGGGUGACACAGCACCCUGCUACAGCACCACACACCACCAGACUUAUUCUGGAAGGUCAGCCAGCGGACGUCCUCUCAUCUUCCGUCUGAGAGAUCCCAGCUUCCCCUCACAGCAUCACACCCGGCUGGAUCUCAGUAACAACACCAGCACACCUCUGGAGGCUCCACUGCUGUCACACAGCCAAGAUGUGCACAGGCCCAAAAGCAUCACCACGAGGAUCAAGACAAAAGAGGAAAACUGGGCUCAGUAUCGCAGUGGCCAGGCCGUCAGAGAGAUCACCAACCCGCAGGAUCUAUCCGAGUACUGGACCAGUUACAAAACGGCACAUUCACUCCCAGUAACUGAAGAUUCACCACAACUGGCUGGUGGCAAACCGACACAGUGGCACCAACACAACAUACUGACAGGAAGUCCUUGUAUGGUAUUGGAGGUGCUGACAGGUGAACAGAGGCAGAUGGCAGGUCCAGGGAAGCCCAGCAGACGGUCCAGAGAUAAGCUGCUGUGGGCGACGAGAUGCAGAGAGACAGACUGCUCUGCACUCAGACUCUACUGACACACAUUACUCCACACUGACAGACAGGAAAUACCACACAACACCUCAAUAUUAAUGAAAUAUAUGAACAUCUACGACUCCUGUCUGGUUAA